AUGAUGUUUUGGACCCACGUUAGAGGAGAUGGGAAAUGGUAGAGCCUGUAAACAUCAGUAGUUAGUAGGUAACAAGAGAAUUUAGGCAAUGAUUGAUAUUGGAGAUAAGGGAAAGAAAGGGAUCUAGCUCUCUUAUCCUCCACCCUUGGCAGAGAGCAAGGGUGGAGGAUGGGUUAAAGGGACAUGGGAGACUUGCCAAAUUUGAGGCAUUAGCGGGCCGGCCAGGAGGCCUAGGGCAGGUCUUUCAAUGUAAGGGUCCCGGAUCCCAGCCACCAGGGGGAUGAGUCCCACCCAGUCCCUGGGUUUUGUGAGACCUCCCUUUUCAGUCCCUGGUUUCCUGGUGUUGGGAGAUCCUCCGACAAGUCCCAGGUGGAGGGUGCCCCCUCCCGGUCCCCGGGUGUCGGAGCCCCGCGCCCCAGCCCCUGAUGCCAGGCAGCCCCCUCCCGCCCACCGUCCGCAGGUUUGGGCACCCCUCCCCCACCCGUGAGCAUUCGGAGCUCCUCCCCCCACAGUCGGGGUCCCGGUCACCGCCGGCGAUGGCGGCCUGGGCACCGGCCGGGGUUCUGGGUCUGACCCUGUUCGUCUGGGCGCUGGCUCCUGCGGGGGCGGUGGACGCCAUGGGCCCUCACGCGGCCGUCCGUCUGGCCGAGCUGCUGACCCCGGAGGAGUGCGGCCAUUUCCAGUCGCUCCUGAAGGCGCCGGAGCCGGACGUCGAGGACGAGCUGGCCAGGCUUUCUGAGGAUCGACUGGCCCGGCCCGAGCCUCCGAAGCCCACGACCGCGUCGCCAGGCGGGCCGUGGCGGCGGCGGCGGGAGGCGUCAGGAGCUCCGGCGGGCGGGGUGGCCGAACCCGCGGAGGCCUCCGACGGCUGCCGCGAGGGGCUGGCGGCCUGGCUGACAGCCCAGGCGCCGACACUGUCUUGGGACCGCGUGGCCCGGGCCCUGCGGCGCAGCGGCCGCCCCGACGUGGCCCGGGAGCUGGGCAAGAACCUCCACCAACAGGCAACGCUGCAGCUGCGCAAGUUCGGCCAGCGCUACCUGCCGCCGUCCGGCGACCCCGCAGCCCCCGGGGCUCCCGCCCCGCGCCCCCGUCGCGCCCCGGCGCCUGAGCCCAACUGGGACGAGCUGGAGCUGACCGUGGAGCGACUGCCCCAGGCGCCGUACCAGCGGAGCCCCACUGGCUGGGCCGGGCCGCUGACGCUCGGCUUCUUCACCGGCUUCGUGGGGGCGCUGGGCGCGGGGGCGCUGCUCAUCCUGCUCACGCUGUGGGUCACCGGCGGCGACAGCGACGGGAACGGCGACCGGGCAAGGCACGGCGGCCCCGGCCGGCCCGCCGCUGCCCUGCGCAGGCCUGUUGAGGCGCGCGGCUGGUGGGAAGCAAAGCCGCUGUUGACCAAAGAGCAGCGCGCGUCUCCGAAAGCUUGUGCUGCGCGUGGGCCAGAUCCCUCCUCUUCUCAGUGCCCCCCGCUGUAAAAUGGGACCACAGUCAUGGUGAAGUGCUGCCCCUGGCUUAUAAAAGUUAUGAAAUACGCAAUGGAGGGAGCAAUCUGUUAGUUUGUGGGAAAUGACUGGUGCUAGCCAGUGGGGCUACUGGUGGAAAUGGGGCUCGGGUGCCCAUCUACCUGGGUAGGAUACAGGCCCUCUCCAGUUCGUGUCAGCUUUAGUUCCUUCUUAUCUGGCAAUUAUUCUUCCACCAAGAUCUGCCAUCUAUUGAGCACUAACUGUGCGCCAGGCUCCAUGUUCAGCAGCUACAUACAUUAUUUGAUAUAACCUUCAAAACCCGAGAAGGCAGGCAUUAUUUCCAUUACACAUUAGGAAACUCUGGCCAUGGCUAGUUGGUGGCAUAGUCAGAUUUUUAAAUCCAGAGCUGCCUGAGCUCAAAGUUUGGGCUCCAGAGGGAAGGAUGCGGAUCAGUAACAGAGCUUGGGAAACAUGAUGGGGACCAGAAUAAGAUGUGGAUCUUUUGUUUACUCUGAGGCCCUGCUGAAGCGCGC